ACUUCCGCUUUUCCAGUAGCGUUGGGACUACUGAGAGGUCGGGAGCCGUUAGAAAGACCGGAGUGGAAGGAUCCGAGUGGAAUAAUGCCUAAAUCAAAGGAACUUGUGUCUUCAAGCUCAUCUGGCAGUGAUUCAGAUGCUGAUACAGCGCAUGCAAAUCAUCUGCUGUCAGCCAAGGAAAAAAGGAAAAAACAGACAGCCCCAGAAAAACCUGUAAAGAAACAGAAGACUGGUGAAAGUUCCAGAGGUGCAGCCUCCUCUGUGCAAAGUAGCAACAGAGAUGAGAAUAUGUUUCAGAUUGGUAAAAUGAGAUAUGUCAAUGUUCGGGACUUUAAAGGUAAAGUCCUAAUUGAUAUUAGAGAAUAUUGGAUGGACCAAGAAGGUGAAAUGAAACCUGGCAGAAAAGGCAUCUCUCUAAAUCCAGAACAGUGGAGCCAGCUGAAGGAACAGAUUUCUGAUAUUGAUGACGCAGUAAGGAAACUGUAAAGAAGAGCCAUACAGAAACUCUACUCUUAUAGGUUUAAGUAGUCUUUUUACAUUAGCAUUCGUUUUUUCUAAACUUAUUUGUUUUCCAAGCUAUUGUAUAUUUGGAUUGCAAACAAUUUGUAAGAUGGAAUGCUUUUUUUAUUGUGCAUUAAAAGUGUAUUCUGAGUGAAGUUACAAAUGUGUAUACUUUUAUUAAAUAGGUGUUAUGUUCUCACAUCAUGAUGUAAAAUAAAACACAUUUAAUUAAUA